AGAUUUUUUUUGUUCAUUGCUGUAUCUCUAGUGAGUAGCAUAAAGUGUGGCAGAAACUAGCUGUCCAAAGGUGUUUUCUGAAUUAAUAUUUAGAAUACCAACAAUAGAAAUCAUGUAUUACCUAGACUGUUUCCUGAGAAUAAAUGAGUUCUUUUUCUUUAUUAUAAUUCUUUUCAAAUUAUGAAAAAUAAACAUUCUGUUCUUGUUGAAGUUUAAAAGGUGACACUAGGGCAUUUUGGUCUUGGUGGCCGCACUCUGUCUUCUAGAAGGUAUUCAUUACUCUUGUGCACAAGUAUUACCCACCUGAACAUUCAUAAUCCAAUCAGAUUUUUUUGUGUUUUCAAAACUGAUUUGAUCUAUUUAGUCAUUAGUCACUGAAGACCUAAAGAAACGUUUCUAGUAACAUUUUGUUCCAGUGAUUUAAAAGAAAAGCAUGGUGUUCAAUGUUUCUGCACUAACAAAAUUAAUUUCAUAUGUAUAAAAGAAUGAUCCUUGAAUUAAGGUUCUGUGGGCAGUUUUUUUUGUUUUUGACAGAUUUUUAAAAUUUGUUUUGGAAAUUUUCUAACACAUUAUGUACCUUUUUUCCCCAAGAUUGAAGAAUGAAAAGGCAUUGCGUCUCAACCUUAUUGGUGAAAAACUGCAGUGGUUUCAAAGUCAUCUUGAUCCCCAAAAAGUAGGAUAUUCAAAGAGAGAUGCUUGUGAAUUAAUUGAAAGGUAUUUAAAUCGAUUCAGCAGUGAACUAGAGCAGAUUGAAUUACAUAACAGCAUCAGAGACAGGCAGGGAAGGCGGCACUAUUCCCGGGAGACAGUCAUCAAGCAGACAAUGGAGCGUGAACGACAACAGUAUGAAGGAUAUGGCCUUGAGAUUCCAGACAUUGUAAAUGCAGGUAAUCUGAGAACUUUUAGAUGAAGACAGUUAACAUGACGAGGCCUUAGAAGAAACACACAUUGCAGUUCAAGUCUGUAUUCUGAAACUUUCUCCUGUGAAGACGUGUGUGACCAUUCAGGCUUUCGUCACUGCCUACGAGCAUUCCUUGCUCCAGUGGCUCUUAAUUGUCUUAGAAAUCACUCUCUAGCAAACUUCUCACAUUUCCGUAUCACACUCUGGGUGGACUGCUUCACGGGAUCCUGGUCAUUUGGUGUUGUUUUGGUCCUUUGCUUUUGAGCAAAGUAGGGAAAAAUGAGUCCGUAGGAGAAAGAGAAGAUAAAGGGAGUGAGUACUUCAGGAUCACUUCUGUCAUGUGUAGUGGCUAAGGGCUAGAAAGAUACUCUUCAGUGAAGAAGCUCCCAGCUGGUCCCGUCACACUGGUAUAACCUCAGGGGGGCCGCCGUCUGCAGCUGGCAGGGAAUUGGUACCCGUUUGUGAUACAGGCACUACCACGGCAUCCUUGAUGUCCGUGUUCACAUUACAUGAGAAGUUCUUCUCCUGCUUUUUGGCAGUGUCUGGGCAAUUUUGCACAAAGAUCACACGGUUGUAGGCCUUCAGCCUGCGCCACAACUGAACGUAGACUUUACACUGUACGUACAUGAAGACAAGACCUCCCGUGAAGCCAAUGGCCACCACAACCAGUUUUGUCCAAAAUGGCCAUUCAAGGACACCUUUGAAGUAAAAAAGAGAGAAAGUUACCACCAAGUUGUUAUCAGUGGGUUUGGUAAUUUUUAUCUAUGACUCCUUCAAAAGACCAUGCCUGCCUGCCAACUCUCAUAGAUAAGGAAUCUAUUGUUAACGGGCAGUAAAAUUAUAACCAGAAUUGCUUAAUUCCUUUCAACUCUUAAAUGUACUGUUAAAAUUGUACAUGAAGAAAAACUUAUCUACCACUACAAUGAUCUUAUUUCUCCUAGCAUCAAGUACCUACCAUGGUUAUCAGAUGAUAUUGGACUUUUGACACUUUGACAUUUAUUCCUUAGAGCUAAAUCUUUAAGGAAAGAUAGUGAACCUACUAAGUGAAAGAAUCAGUUUUAAAUCCUUUUAAGAAGAUAAAGUAAUAGGUACUUCUAUAGGAUUGUACAUAUAGGUCCCCCCUCCCACCCUCAUUCCCUUUAAAAUUAAAAGGAAAAAAAAAAAGUGAAAGAAAGAAGCUGCCACAUCUCACCAAAGAGAGACAGAAUUCCUGAGUAAAGACGUGCAUAAAAUUUAGUACUUUAGUCGUUUUUGUUUCGUAAAUCUUUUUGUCACUGAGAACCACCACUUUCUUAGAUAUCAAUGUUUUCUCUUAAUUUGUACCAUCAAAGCUAGAAAUUGGCUUUCACAAUUUUUAAAACUUGCACAAGAGUUUCUGUAACUAUAACAAUAUUUAGGCCACACAUGAUUAUGAAUGUUAAAUACAUGAUGGUCAAGAGUCCAUCUCUUGCCAACACCAGGAUGGUCUGGAGGAUGGCUGUCUGCAUUCCUGUGAAAGUCUGUCCAGUAAAUGAGCUGGACCGGGAAGAGUGGUUAGAAAUCACAGUUUAUGGAAGUCUAUGAUUCUACUUUGGGUUUUAUUUACUUUUCCUUAUAACAAUGAAUGGAGUUAUAGGACAUGUCCUACCUAUAUUUUGUAACAGUGAUAUUUGCUUUAUGCUUCUGUAAGAAAACAGACACUAGACUUUUUUAGCUUCCUACCUUAGUUCUAUUUAUGCAAGGAGAACAAUCAUCUGACAUACAGACUCGGGGUAGACCAGUGGUUCGCAAGGGUAGUGGUUCUCAGGGUAGACCACUGUUUUUUUCCCCAGGGGCCAUGUGGUACUGUCUGGAGAUAUUAUUGUUAUACCUGGUGUUGGAGUGUGGGGUGCUACUGACUUUUAGUAAAUAGAUGCCAGCGAUGCUGUGUAAACAUCCUGCAGUGUACAGGAUAGCACUCCCCAACAAAGAAUUAUCCAGUCCAAAAUGCCAGUAGUGCUGAGGGUGAGAAGUCUUGUAGGAGACAAUCACUUAAACCUCUUAGGAAAUUUGUAGGGAGGAUUCAGUAUACAAAUCAGAUAUCUUGGAGUUCUCCAAAUUUAGGAUUUUUGCUCUUGACUACUCUAGUGAUCAGUAGUUUCUUGUGUGGAACGUUUUAAUCAGACAAGCUGGAGAAAACAUGUACUUUAUCUCCCAUUUUGCGGGGGAGAAGUCCCCAUGAAUUACAUCUAACUUUCCCCUCAGUCUGCUAAAUCAUACUACCAGCUGUUCUUAGUAAGUGCCUGAAGGUUUUCCGUUUCUGAAGUUUUGUCCAUGAUAUUUCUUCUCUCUGGGUUUUGCUUCCCUGUUUCUGCAGGUCUACCUGUCCCACAAAAGCCAGCUCAGGAACAUUUUCCAGCUGGAAUACAUUUUACCACUUUCCUAGUUUCAUGUUAUUUCUUCCACUUGUGGCGUGAGUUAACUUUCUAACAAGUUAUUUUUACUUUGUUACACCAUAAUCGUGACAAGCACAGAUUUUAUGUCUGAUUGGUCCUUGUUUUCCACAGUGCCUUGCUCAGUAGAUAUUUCAAAGAUGAAUAAAGCUUUUGAAUUUCCAAGUUGGAUUGCUUCGCCUCAGUCUUUUCAAUAUAACCGGAGGUACCAGCCUUUCUUCACUUGUCCACGAAGCUAUGCUUUCAUGAAUGGAUGAUCUGAAGAAGACUCCACUCUUGCCCCACCAAUCCUUCCUGAAAUAGUGACCAGAACCAAGAAUAUACCUGAAAAUCUGGGCCAGGAGUGACGAGCCAUUUUCUGUGCCACUUCUGGAAGACAGUUUGAUGCUUCCACUUUUUUUCACAAGGUUCUCCAAGUCGAUUUCUUCUCCUCCAAUCAUUCUUCCUUCAUAUGUCUGGGAAGUCAAGGCCCUCCAUAUAUUCCCUGACAAAGUUUAGAGUACAGAGUAUCUCCCUGCUCCACAUCAGAAGCCCUUUGGGUGCAAACCCAUUGUUCACAUGACCAUUCUCUCGGAGACAGCCUGAUCUUUCUCUUUGCCUUUGACUAAGUGGGCAAGAUUUUUAUUUUCUAUAAAGAUAUUAUUGAGCAGUUGUAUGAUUUUACCUUGGAAAACUCACUGUAAGGAUGUCGUGAGAAGAGAUGCUAACACAUGGGGCUAAGUGGAUUUCUGAGAAUGUUUCCAUUGGUAAGCUAUGUUUACCUCCUUAUUAUUGAGACUCAGAAAAUUGUCUUCAUACUCAACCUUGUUGGACUAGUUCUAUGCUGUCUUCUGUAAAGAAGAAAGAAUGUCCACAAUAAGGAAGGGUGGUAGAAAAGAGAAGGCACAAAAUCUUGUUCCUUGUGGAUCCUUUGUGUAAACAAGGAAUUCUUUGUCCUCACUGAAGCUGGAACCUGAACUUGGAAAUGCCAAGAGCACAAAGUUGUUUCUACUGGCCCAGUUUGGAAGAGGAAUUUGGAUAAUCCAACUUGAGGCAAUUCUCCCACCUGUUCAUUUCUCUGAAGCCCAAGGAUUGUAUGUACUUCUUCCUUUGUGCUUGGGAUCUUUCUUCAGGAGUUUCUGUAGGUUUAGGAAUAAACUGUCUGCAUCCCUCCUUCCUAAACACUAAUGGGACACGCUGGUUAGAAAUUCUUGGGCAGCAAUUGAAGGAGUUUGGAGGAGCAGGUAUUCUGUCCACAAGCAUUUUCUUUUCUUUUUUUUUUUAAGAUUUUAUUUGUCAGAGAGAGAGCACAAGCAGGGGGAGCGGCAGG